GACCUGGGUGAUACAUAUAGGGCGGCCCUACGUUUCGGGGGUUGAAAGCCCUAGUCUGAAUAGACGCAAACUCUUUUUGAGUUUGCUGCUGCUCUGCGCCGUCGUCGUGCUCGUCGUCGCACUCUCUUGCUCCUCCGUUCGCGCUCCCAGAUCGUUGUGAAGUGCUAUGGCUGGUUCUGCUCCCGAAGGUUCUCAGUUCGAUGCCCGCCAGUAUGAUGCCAAGAUGGAGACUGUCUUGGCUGGCGAGGGUGAGGACUUCAUUUCCACAUGGGAGGAGGUCCACGAGACCUUUGAUGUGAUGGAUCUACAUGAGAAUCUUUUAAGGGGAAUUUACGCAUAUGGUUUUGAGAAGCCAUCUGCUAUUCAACAGCGUGGUAUUGUACCCUUUACCAAGGGCCUCGAUGUUAUUCAGCAAGCACAAUCAGGGACUGGCAAGACUGCUACCUUCUGCUCUGGUAUUCUUCAACAAUUGGAUUAUCAACUCCUUGAGUGUCAAGCACUGGUUUUGGCACCAACUAGGGAGCUUGCUCAACAGAUUGAGAAGGUUAUGCGAGCUCUAGGUGAUUAUCUCCAGGUAAAGGUACAUGCGUGUGUUGGAGGUACCAGCGUAAGGGAGGAUCAGAGAAUUUUGCAAGCUGGAGUCCAUGUUGUGGUGGGUACUCCUGGUCGUGUGUACGAUAUGUUGCGUAGGAACGCACUUCGUGCUGAUGCAAUCAAGUGCUUCGUGCUGGACGAAGCUGACGAAAUGCUCUCGAGGGGAUUCAAGGAUCAGAUUUAUGACAUUUUCCAGCUUCUUCCCCAGAAGCUUCAAGUUGGUGUGUUCUCUGCCACCAUGCCACCCGAAGCUCUUGAAAUCACCAGAAAAUUCAUGAACAAGCCUGUGAAGAUCUUGGUAAAGAGAGAUGAGCUGACCCUUGAGGGUAUCAAGCAGUUUUACGUGAAUGUAGACAGAGAGGAGUGGAAAUUGGAUACAUUGUGUGAUCUAUACGAAACUUUGGCCAUUACACAGAGUGUCAUAUUCAUCAACACUCGCCGAAAGGUCGACUGGCUCACCGACAAGAUGCGAGCUCGCGACCACACCGUGUCUGCGACCCAUGGAGAUAUGGACCAGAACACCCGUGAUAUUAUCAUGCGUGAGUUCCGCUCAGGCUCAUCCCGAGUGCUUAUUACCACCGAUCUCCUUGCUCGUGGUAUCGACGUUCAACAAGUGUCUCUGGUUAUCAACUACGACUUGCCUACCCAGCCUGAGAACUACCUUCACCGUAUCGGACGUAGUGGGCGUUUCGGACGUAAGGGUGUGGCGAUCAACUUUGUAACAAGAGAUGACGAUCGCAUGCUCCAAGAUAUUCAGAGGUUCUACAACACUGUGAUCGAGGAGCUGCCUUCCAAUGUUGCAGAUCUUUUGUGAGUUGUUGAUAUUGUUUUCUGUAGCACCAGGAAGAAGGGGUACUUCGUAGAUAUGCCGGUGCCCUUUCCAGUGCUGGUCGCGGAAGUAGUAUUGCGUAAAGGCCAGAUUGACGGAUCGAAUGAUUGUUUAGGAGGAGAUUCUUUAGAAGGAUCAGGCCUUAACACGAGUCUGCGCUGGUUGGAAGUGCCUUGAUCGGAUUUGGAGGACUGGAAUUUAUGGGGCAGUUAACGAAGGAAGUAUUUGUUACUAUCUAGAAGACUUGUUGUGGCCAAUCGUAUUUAUUGGGAGGCUUGUUUCUUUCUGGAGAUUGAUGUUGUCGAUCUGCAUUUGUGUGAUCUUAUGUCUUAGCCUUGCGCUCGGUGAUUUCUCGCACAACUCUCAUAAUCGCGUGUUUCUUCAACCAGUACCCAAUCGAUUUGUAUAACUCCGGCUUCUGAUAGUCCAGAAGAUGGACGUAGAAUAUCAACAGUUUGAAGCGCUCUGGGAAGAUGGAACAUCAUGCUAAAGAAAUAAAAGUUUCAAUCACUCCGUUGUA